AUGACAAACUGCCUGAAGAACGUAUAUGACUACAGGACAGACGAUGGCGCCGACCCCACGAAACUCUUCCAGCGCAAAGUGAACAAGCGUGCCGUGCCCGACUACUACGACAUCAUCAAGGAACCCAUGGCCCUGAGCACCAUCAAGUCCAAGAUCUCAAACAAGGAGUACAAAAACUUCUCAGAGUUCGUCCGCGACCUCGCCCUCAUUCCGCACAACGCGCAGGUGUACAACAGGCAAGACUCGCAGGCCUAUGUAGAUGCGCUAGAGGUUAAAAAGGCCAUUGAGCAGGAGCUCAAGAAGCUUGUCGACGACAAAACCAUAACCGAAUCUGUUGCGACCCUACCGUUCCUUGGCGAAAUCCCCGAACAAGAUCCGCUUCUACCUGAGGAGGAGGAGGAAGAAGAGGAAGAAGAUGACGAGGAAGAGCUCGAAGUCGACGAAGAGGAUGACGAUGAUGAGGAAGACGAGGGGAAGCGCAAGAGGCGACGUGGUCCGCGCUCUACUGCAGCCAUCACCAAGCGCGAAGGCGGCUCGAGAGCAGCCAAAGAGGACAUCAAGAAUGACGACCCAGAAUCGCGGAAAAAGCGCGGACGCCCGCCGCGGGUCGACACCCCGAUGGAGGCCAGAAUCAAGACCAUCAUGAAGGCUAUAAGGAAGCCGCGGAAUCAGCAAAACAAACUCAUGGUCAGUGCCUUUGAGCGUGUUCCGGACAAAACGGUCAUGCCCGAAUACCAUUCUGAAAUCAAGAACCCCAUGGCUAUGGACAUUCUCAAGCGCAAGCUCAAGCGGAAGAAGUAUAACUCGGUGGACCACUUCAUGGUCGACGUGGAACUCAUGUUUGAGAAUGCGAAGCAGUAUAACGAGGAAGACAGCCAGAUCUACAAGGAUGCUGUGCAUCUUCAGAAAGAGUCGAGGAAGGUCGCAAAGGCCGAAAAAGAGAAGCCAGAUACAGAGUACGUGAUGGAAGAGGGACGUAUACCCAUGCCCAGUGGCAUCGUCCACAACGGCGAGCUGUGGAAAGUAGGCGACUGGGUGCACAUUCAAAAUGCGAAUGACCUUACAAAGCCGAUAGUUGCCCAGAUCUAUCGUACAUGGCAAGAUGCCAACGGAGGGCAGUGGGUGAACGCCUGCUGGUACUAUCGACCAGAACAGACCGUGCACCGCUUUGACCGACACUUUUUUGAAAACGAAGUUGUCAAGACCGGCCAAUACCGAGACCAUCGCAUUGACGAGGUUGUGGAUCGAUGCUUCGUCAUGUUCAUUACCAGGUAUAACAAAGGCCGUCCGCGCGACUUCCCGUCUGACAAGGAGAUCUAUGUCUGUGAAGCCCGGUACAACGAAGAGAACCACAAGUUGAACAAGAUCAAGACAUGGGCUAGCUGUCUACCCGAUGAGGUUCGAGACAAGGACUACGUCAUGGACCUGUUCGAUGCACCGCGAAAGCUCAAGAAGGUGCCAAGUCCAAUUGCAUAUCUGCUCAAGGAUGAACAGAAAGAAGACGACGAUCUACCAAAGCCGGAGUGGGGUGCAGAAAAUGCACCUCCGAAGAUUGGUGCUGUUCAUCGUCGUCCGCGAGACCCCAAGGACUCACCUCCACCCGAACCCACUCCACCACCUCCUCCAACUCCUCCACCAGCACCAGUCAUGCCAACACCAAGCUUACCGACAGCUUCAUCGCAUGGAUAUGAAUCAUCCCGGAAUUAUCCUAUUGCUCAAGCACCAGCUCUCACCCCAAUGCCCGCACCGACGCCACAGCAGCACCACGCUGCACCAGCAUACACUCCAACUCACGCGCAGCACUACCACUCCCACUCCCAGUCGCCUGCGCCACACCUACAUCAACAAGCGCCUCCACCACCAGUCUACCAACCCAUUACGCCACACGUUCCUUUUACACCUCAGCCAUCCGCACCCAUGCAGUCUUUUCAAACGCCACGGGCUGCGCCGAGCUAUCAACAACCUUAUCCCCAGCAUCUCCCGCCCAACUACAAGGCGCCACAGCCUGUUGAAGUCUACGUCAUGGCCGACCAUGCAAACGCCAGUAUCCCACUUGAGAUCCGCGAGCAAUUCCAACGCGACGAAAAGGGCCGCGUACUCUUCUUCACCGCGCCACCGCUCAACGUGGAACAGCCACUGACUACAAACGGCCGCGCACUCGGACACUCUGCGCGCUACCUCGCCGCCAAGGCAAAGAAAGAGGCCGUGAAAGCCAGCAAGCGCAAAGCAGAUGCAGCCAACGCCGGCGAGCGUGAGGCCGCAGCCAAGAAAGCCAAAGCCGACGAGGAGGACAAGUUCAACAAGUCCGUUCAAUAUCUCGGUACCAAAGCGCUCAAGGCGCUGGAGGAUCAGCUCGCCAUGGCUACAAAGGCCGAUCUUACCAAUCUGUUCCAUGGUCAGGAUGAGCAAGGUGUUAAGAGCGUUAUAGAUCAGCUCGCCGAGGUGCAGAAGGCGGUUGUGGUCAAGGAUUUGCAGCGCGAGAUCCACGUCAAGGAGCGCGAGGAAAGCAAGAGGAUACCUAUUACUGGCAUGACGGCGAGGUUGGAGGAGAAGUACUAG